GGAAAAUUUAUGCGGAGACUGUCAAUUGGCCCUGUUUCACAAACUGAGGUUUGAACAGCAAGAUGUAUCAUCAGAUUUACCAAGCACCUGUCAGAAGUGAAUGGAGUGAGUUCUCUUUGCGCUCUCGACCACCCAAGAUCAGACGGUUCCAGGCUGGUCCCAGCAACAGUGCGGAGGAUGAAGAGAGCAGUGUGUUGAGAAGGAAAACAGAAAGAGACUUGUUAAGAAAAAGGCCAUGUUUGAGAAAUGAAAACGUCAUGGAGGAUUCUAUUGAGUUUGAUGUUUUCACCAUUGCAAUGUCUUAUCCAGAGGGUCGCCAGAGGAUGUUGGACAAACUUGAUGCAAAACUUUUCAGUCACCAUAGCAACAAAAAACCAAGUACAAAUAAUCUGCAGCCAAGUAAAAGUUCUACCGAGAAAGGGUAUAACAUAAAAAGUAAAAAGUCGUCUGAAAAAAGUCAUGAAAGAGACAAUUCUGAAAAAAGUCAGAGCAAAGAUCAGACUUCAAGGUCAUCAUUUAGAGAUAGAACUCCACUAAAGAAUGAAUCUAAAGAAAUCAAAGAUAACAGAAAGGAGAGGAAAGAAGGUCAGGCAGAUUUCAGAUCAAAGUCACAUGAAGAAAGUAAACCAAGGUCAAGGUCAAGAUCACCACCCAUUGAAAAUAAGCAUGGGAGAAGAAUGUUUACAUCCAAGAAAAUAUUUGAGAAGCGACAACCAAAAUUCAGCUUACGAGACAUCCUAGGCAAACAUGCAGAUGAAACUAAAUCUUGUGAAAAUAAGAACCUAGAUGUUGACAGUGAAGAGUAUAUUGAUGUUGGCACAGAGAAUGAAAACCUGGAUCAAGAAGAACUGGUAGAAUCAGAGGAGAUUGGCAGUAGCUCACCGAUCCCAGACAUGUUUUUCAAUAAUUCAUUUCCUGAAGAUGUGGAUGCUUGGAUAGAGGAGUUCAGUAGUAAAGAAAAUGGUUCUUUGCUUGCGAUGUUAAACUCUCCAAUGGUUGACGAUAACAACAACAACAACAACUACUCUUCAAAUACGGAGGUGGAAUCAGAUGAUGCAAGAUAUUACUAUGAGAAUAUGAUGAAUACAAGGGAAUCAGAUCAUGGAAGUUCUGAGAAGAUUUGGUCAAAUGGUAGCUUAGUUUGGGGAAGAUUGUCCAAAACAAGAUGGUGGCCAGCAAUCAUUAUUGAUGGACCAGUGGCUGGUCAAAUAAAGGCUAGGGCUGGCUGGACUUGGCUUAUGUGGUUUGGUGACCAUAAAAUCUCUCAGAUGAGACUGAGCCAGGUUGUGAAUUUUACCCAUCAGUUCAGACAACACUGUAGAGGAAAACUUUCAUCAGCUCUGGAAUACGCUAUUAUAGAGGCACUAAAGAUGUGUCCAGCUGUAUUACAGGUAUGUGCAGAUCGUGCUGACAUAUCUCUGGAUGGAUAUAACAAUAUUAGGAGAUGGGGACUUCUAGAAAUGGGCUUCCAUGACAUUGUUGAUGUUGCAGAAAAAGAUGUAGAUCCCUUUGUACCUAAAACAGGAUCAGAAUUCCCAGCCAUGAUAUUGAAGGAACUGAGGAAAUUACGAGACCAGGCUAAUAGUUCAGAUUUUGACAGUGAUGAGGACUUUUCCCUCCUCCAAAAAGAAGAACCUUUGGAGAAGUCAGGAAAUUUUGAAACUGGCAUUUUGAAAGAUGUUGAUUUCUGUUUGUCAUGUGCUAAGCAUGGAAGGAAAAUUGUUGGCCAGCACCCAGUGUUUGAGGGAUAUGUGUGCAGUAAAUGUAGGGAUGCUUUAACGGAAAGUCUGCUUGCCCUGGAUAAUGAUGGAUGUAAUCUGUUCUGUGCUGUCUGUGGAGAAGGUGGUGAGCUGUAUGUAUGUGAAGAAAAGGAUUGUGGGAGAUCUUUCUGUGUGAGAUGUAUGCGGCAUUACCUCAGUGCAGAUGCCCUGAAACAGGCUCGAGGUCAAUCUCCCUGGCUGUGUUUUCUAUGCACAAACUACAGUUUGAUGAGCCAUGGUGUUUUGGUACCUAGAGAGGGGUGGCGAGAUGAACUAAUCAAGUUUUAUAAUCCAGUGUUUGAUCAGGUGAUUCCAUCUUAUGAUACAGUUGGUUACACUGGUAGGAAGUUGAGAGUUUUGUCUUUAUUUGAUGGGAUUGGCUCUCUAAGGUUAGCGUUAGACCAGCUACAGUUGGACGUUGAGGCAUACUAUGCAGCUGAAAGUGAUGCCAAUGCCCAACAUGUGAGCUUGUUCAACCAAGGCUUUGCUAUUGUUCACCUCGGAGAUGUGAACAAUAUCACUAAAGAUAAGCUUCAGGAGAUAUGUCCAAUAGAUCUUGUGGUUGCCAGUCCUCCAUCAGAAGACCUUGAUGUCACUAACAGAGAAUAUGAAGGGUUUAAUGGCACAGGAAUGUUGAUGUUUAAGUUUUUGAUGAUCUUAAAGGAUGUUGAAACAAUAUGCAAGGGCAGUAACUCUGUUUAUUGGCUAGUUGAAAGUACAGCAGCGAUGAAGUCAGAAUUCAGGAAAAUACUCUCCAACUUCUUUCAGAAAGAACCAUGCAUGUGGGAUGCACAGUUUUUCUCUCCGUAUGUCCUUCCAAAAUUUUACUGGGGGAACAUUCCUGCUCUCUACAGCUCAUUCCAGUAUUAUAAAGACAACAAGGAGCACUUUCCUACCCUGGAGUCAUACCUUGCUGCCAAUAUUAAGAGAUUCCCGCAGGUAAAGAAGUUACGAAACUGUGCCAUUGACAUGCAAAUGAUCAGCAUGGGAGGACUUACAGUGGAUGAUGAACUGGUUGACCCUGACAGCAACAAAGGGGAGGGGCCAGAUCGAACCCCAGAACCAAAGAGGAGCUCUGCUAAUAGCACUAUGUUUUCUCUACCAGUUCAAAUGGAUGGAAUGAGUACCAACAUUUGGAUAGGCGAAGUUGAAAGAGUGCUUGGCUUGCCAGUCCACUAUACAGAUGUGUCCAGAUUGACCAUACCACAGCGGCAGAAACUUCUGAAACAUGCCUCCAGUGUUCACCUGUUGAAACACCUGCUUGCUCCUCUUACAGAUAUUUUUCUCACACAUGUAUAAACUGUGCAUUGUUCAAAAUGCAUUACAAUGACGUAUUCCAUUUUGCAAUAUUAUUAUGUAAUAGACCUGCAUAACACUAAAUGUGUUUUUUUAUUACUUUUACAUUUUGCUCUAAAAUUGCAACGUUUAUCUUGUUUCACAGAAUAAAAGUUAAAAUUACA